AUGGGCGGUCGGAACCAUUCCAGCUCCAGCGGUUCUGUUUCGCCAAACUCCUGUGGAUUACAUUCGAACCCACAUCACCGGAAUAAUCUUCUCCUGGAUGGAUCAUCUGCCUAUCUAGACGUGGGUUUGAAUGCAUCCGCGGCUAGCGCCAAUGGUCGUCGACGUGUCGAUCCUGCAGUUGAGCACUCGACCAGUUCGCUCGGCUCAGGCCGCAAGGCGCCUAAGCAACCGGUCGCCAAGCCAACUCAGACAGGACCGGGCUGCCGAUUCGCCAUGAAACGCUCCGAUACUGGCCGACCGGGACGACAAAGAAGCAAAUUCCCGGCAAACGUGUCUGUGAACGAGCUCGCCUGGUCCCACACCUCUGAAGGUGGCAAUCGAGGCGGGCAAAUUGAUCGCAAUGGGGAGGAGGAGGGCGAAGAGGAUGAGGUGGACGGAGAUGACUGCUUGGCAACAGCCGAGUCAGAGCAUGUUGCCAUGACGUCGGGAGGCUGUCUGGUUGGAACUGCUGAGACUGUCAACAGCUCCGGUGGCGACAACUGUAACAUGCGAUCUUGCGGCUCCACCAACAAUUCGGUUGGAGGGAAUGAAUUCGUUUUGAUGCGUCAGCGAACGAAACGGAAGCCGCGAAUCCUUUUCUCGCAGACUCAAGUCUACGAACUGGAGCGCCGAUUCAAAACGCAGCGCUACCUUUCAGCUCCAGAACGAGAGCAGGUGGCCACGCUCCUGAAGAUGUCUCCUCAACAGGUGAGAACACUUUCAAAUGACUAA